AUGUAUUUCUCUACCGCUAUCGUCGCCACUCUUGCCGCUCAGGCCCUUGCCCAGGAUAACCGUCGCUUCCCUCAUGCUCGCGUUGGACACGUUGCUGCCUUGGUAGCUGCUGCUGCUCUCCCAGCAAGAGCACUCCCUGUCUUCGAUGCCCUUGAGGCGCGGGAUCCCCAUCACCAGGGAGCCAAGGGAGCCAAGGCCAAGGCGGUCGAGGGGUGCAAGACCAAGCGAGACGAUGAAGACGACGAAGACGAGGAAGCCGUCGAGGGGCUAGUCGCCCGCCAUCACCAAGGAGCUCACGGCAAGGCUGCUGCCAAGGCCGUUAACAACUGUAACAAGAAUGGCAAGCGGGAUGAAGUGGCUGAAGAGCUCGAAGCGCGAGAUGUCGAGGACGAAUCCGAAGAAGACACUGAUGAGCUUACCACCCGGGAUGUUGAGGAAGACGAGGAAGACGAAGCUAGCGAGCUUGAAGCCCGAGCACCAAAGAAGGGCAAGAAAGGCAAGAAGGGUAAGAAGGGAAAGAAGGGCAAGAAGGGAAAGAAGGGUAAGAAGACUGGCAAGAAGGGCAAGAAGGGUAAGAAGACUGGCAAGAAGGCUGGCAACAACGGCAAAAAGAACGCCAACGCCGGUGCUACCAACGGAGCAGCCAAAGCUGGCACUAACACCAAUAACAACGCCAACACCGGCACUACCAAUGGGGCAGCCAAGACUGGUACCGACACCAACGCGAACGCCAACACCAACACCAACACUGGUGCUACCAAUGGAGCAGCUAAGACAGGUACCAAGGCAAACACGAACGCCAACUCUGGUACUACCAACGGAGCAGCCAAAACCGGCACCACCGCCAAUAACAACGCCAACAGCAACACUCAAGCCAAGGCUGGUACUACUGCUUAA